AUGCGUGCGGUAGCGAGACAAGCGGUCUCUGGCCAGUGCAAUGCCUUUGUUAUGAUAACUAAGCAACUAGGCAACUUCUCUAUCUUCUCACCGUCUAAAUGGAUGCAGACGCAGGUACUGAUGACUCGAGGAUUUGGAUCGGCUAAUAGUAUACCACAGUCGCCGAUAUUGCGUGAAAACAAGCAUAAGUUCGCAUGGGCUGUAACAGACAUUGCACCACCAUCACCAGGUCGCGGUAUUAUUGGACGGUCUAAUAAUGUUGAUGUAACCAAAGGCCCGAACCCGAUUCAACGCUGGCAUUGGCUUUGGAAGAUGCUGGGCUUUCUGAACGAGGACGACCGUCUGUUCCGUCAUUCAACUGCUGUGUUCCAGAGUUGCAUGAAUUAUACAGCAAGACCAGAGUAUUAUUUUUCACUGGGAUUGCCACGGUCUUUUCGAGCGCAGCAGGCGUUACUUAUGGCAUACGUGUGGAUGGUCCAUCGCCGUUUGGCACUAGAAGGAAAACAGGGAAAAGUGAUGCAAGAGCUCAUGUUUGACCGACUGUGGGAGGAAACAGUCGUGCGAAUUCGAUACCAAGACAUUUCUGAACUGACAGUAAGCAAGUACUUGGCUCAGGUGCAGCAGGUAUGUUUUAACGCCUGCAUGGCUUAUGACAAAGGCUUGAAGAAUGGACCCAAUGUUCUUCAGUCUGCUGUGGCUGAGCAUCUUUUGGAAAACGAGACACCAGAGGGUUUGCAUAUUGCCAGCAUCAUGGCUGAGCACAUGAAACAUGAGCUGAAGAAUCUCGAAAAAGUUGAUGCGAAGUAUAUCAUGGAAGGCACGAUUCCGUGGAGUACCUUUCCAAAGAUUCACGUGAAGGCUACGAAUAUUCCCAAAGACUACGAUGAUGUGGUGCUUAUUGGACAGCGUUUUGGCAACUGGCGCUCAGCAUUGGAUAAUCGUGGAAAACUUUACUAUUGGAAUCUGACAACGCGAUACUCUGUCUGGGACCGCCCCACUGGCGACAAACUCUACGAAGGUGAGGAGCAGAAGUAA